AUGCACCGCGGGGGCGGAAGUGCCGGAGGCGCAGCCGGGGGUGGUAUCGUCGGUGGUGCCGGCGGAAGUCACCGUGCCCUCGAAUUGGAGCAUCCGUCGGCGAUGCCGGGUGCACCUGGUUUCCAUUGGGGGGCCAUGUUCGCGGGUCACCACGCGGCCGCCGCCGCGGGUAUGAUGCAGCCCCCCAUGUCAGCGGGUGGCGAGUACGUGCCAGCCGCGGCGCAUCACGGUCCCGCUCAUCCGGCGAUGCCCAUGGACCUGCACGUUCAUCAGGGAUUCCCCUAUUUCCCUACCAGGUACCGAGAUGAUGCGCUCUGCUGGACAGAUAGGAAACCGUCCAUGGACGACGUCGGAAAUCCUACCUCCGUCAACGCACGAUUUGAGGAGAGACACUACGCUUUCGAAAGCAUCUUGGAAUUGCGCAAGGAGAAGAGCCGGGACGCGGCGAGGUCGCGGCGGGGUAAAGAAAACUUCGAGUUCUACGAGCUCGCGAAAAUGCUACCACUACCGGCGGCCAUCACCUCCCAGCUGGACAAGGCUUCCAUAAUAAGGCUAACGAUCUCGUACCUCAAACUACGCGACUUCUCCAGUCACGGCGAUCCACCGUGGUCCCGCGACGGUCCACCGCCCAGCAAAUCCGUCAAAGGUGCUAAUCGAGUCAGAUCAUCAUCGACCACAACGAUAGAACAUUUCGAAAUUCAUCAAGGUACCCACAUAUUACAGUCCCUGGACGGCUUCGCGAUGGCUGUCGCGGCUGAUGGCAGAUUCCUGUACAUAUCUGAAACUGUUUCGAUAUAUCUCGGUCUCUCACAGGUAGAAAUGACGGGGUCGAGCGUUUUUGACUACGUCCAUCAACAAGAUCACGCCGAGGUCGCCGAGCAGCUCGGUCUGGGGCUCGCGUCGUCGACGAGCACCUCAGCCCCACACUCGUCGAAUUCCGGUCUAGCGUCGCCGAGCAGCGGCGCGUCGGAGGAACACGGUUCAUCCUCUACCGCGAAUCCCGACGUGUCUUCGGUAAUGUCGCUGUCGUCGACUGGACUUUACAAAGGGUACGACCGGGCGUUUUGCGUUAGGAUGAAAUCCACUUUAACAAAAAGAGGGUGUCAUUUCAAAUCGUCAGGUUAUCGGGUCGUCCUGUUGCUGUGUCGUUUGAGGCCGCAGUUUGUAUUCAGCCACGCGAGAAAGUCCGCGCCGCCUUUGAUGGGCAUGGUCGGGCUAGCCAUUGCGCUUCCACCGCCAAGUGUACACGAAAUUCGUCUCGAGACCGACAUGUUCGUCACACGAAUCAAUUUCGACUUUCGGAUAGCGCAUUGCGAGCCAAAGGUUUCCGAUUUGCUGGAUUAUACUGCCGAUGAAUUGACGGGGAAGAAUCUCUACACGCUGUGCCACGGCGAGGACGCGAAUCGUCUCCGGAAGUCUCACAUAGAUCUGAUCCAUAAAGGACAAGUUUUGACGCAUUACUAUCGGCUGAUGAACAAGAGUGGCGGGUACACGUGGAUACAGACGUGCGCUACCGUCGUAUGCAAUUCGAAAAAUGCCGAGGAGCAAAAUAUCAUUUGCGUCAAUUACGUCAUAAGCGGCCGAGAAUACGAAAAUUUAAUUAUGGACUGCUGUCAGUUAGAGGACGGUGUCACCGGUGUCAAGAGGGAAGAUACGGCUGGAAAUGAUCCGGAGAACGGAUCGCCGGACGCUGACAGAGGAGAGGGUCGCAGUCGAGGCGGCCCUACGAAUCAGCAUCAGGAGCAGUCGCAUCGGUCGCCACCCGAGGAACGGGAAGAGAAUCACGCGUCGGAAAGUGAGAAGCGAGGUAGCCGACAUCACGACAAUAUAGCCCAAUUGCAACAGGAGUCACAAACGGCGGUCGGAAAUCUCAGCACGCUCGUAGUAAGAUUGCGAGGGCACAAGCGGAAGAUUCAGGACGAAGACAGUAGCUCGAAUGAGGAGGAGGACGAGGAGGAGACGACGGUGAAAGAAUCGAACGGCGAGAGAAGCCGCGCGCUCAGUCCCAGUGCAACGUCCACGCAUUCAAUCUCGGCCACCGAACAGGCCCUCUGUUCGACCAGUCCAAAGUCGCGUCGCGCCGAGAGCGGUAGGAUGGACAGUACCGAAAGCACGGGAACCUCGGUGAAGGAUCUGGAACAGGCUAUGUCGAAGCACUUGCCGGGGAAUUCGUUGAACAAAUCGAACUCGCCGGCGGCGCUUCACCAGCCGACGGAUUUUAGCACGGACACUUUGUUGAAGCAACAGCAGCAGCGGAGCACGAUACAGUGGAUCGGGGCACACCAUCACCUGGGUCAUCUGAGUCCGCAGCAGUCUGCCACCGCCCCUUUACCUGCCUCGGCGCUCCUUAGACAACUUUACGCCGCCAAUCGGGAAAGCGUGAUACGCGCCAAUGUGCACGGGAUCACGUCGAGCGGUGGUACGCGCGCUCCCGCCUCUUCCGGUAUCUAUUACCCAGGCGAAACCGCCCCUAACGGACCUCUGCCGACCCCACCUGGCUCAGAGGGUUCUAGCACGUACGGUGAACACCAAUUUGUGCUCGCUGCUCACAAUCAAAAAGUAUCGAACGGCACCAGCUGCGCCGAUGCUUUUACCAGUCUAGUUUCAUCAUAUACGUCCGCUACCGCGGCCGGUUAUUCGGUAGACUAUCAUUCGGCGAUGACGCCGCCAUCGUCGGUUUCGCCGCGAGACAAGCAGCAGCAGCAGCAGCAACAGCAGCAGCAACAACAACAACAGCAGCAGCAACAGCAGCAGCAAUUGCAUCCCGUGAACGUGAUAAGCAGCUACGAAGGUUCGUCGGCGUACGCGGAUCCCGUUCUUCGUCACCAAUAUGAACCGGCCCAGCCGUUACCCUUGAAACCCCAAGUGUACUCGGCCACUGUCCAUCCGAGUGCCUUAGACGCUGCAGCGGCUUACGCCUCGGCAGGUCUGACGGAACAAUCGCAGUUCUAUCAUCAUCCGGCCAGUAGCGGUGGCUUUCACAUCUACCAUCCGAGCAACAAGUCGACGGCAAAUGGCUGGUACACUUCGGCCUCCUAGUGGCCCCAACCUUAGGGGUCCCACCGCCCGUGUACGCGGAACACGUGUACUUAAACGACUGUAAUUAAACCCAAAGCCCUCUCCUUCGUGCAUAUCAGUGAUACGCUAUUUCGUCGCUAUCUUUAGCGAUCGUUGAGCGAUCCUCGUUGUCGUUAGGAUCGGCGAGAAACUUCAUCUCGCCGCACCUUCCUGUCGAGUCGUCGAAACUCGGCGCUGUAACAAUCGCUCUCUUCUUCAUUAUGUAGAACGAUUUAUUGUAAUAUAAUAAAUAAAUUAUUAUAUAUAUGUUGACUUUCCGGAGGUAUCUGCGUAAGUUUGGAGCCAACUGAAAAACUCAUGCGUAUUCACCAUGCGUGUUCCAAGUGAUUUAACGCGACGCUCAAAGAGAUCGUAAUAUAUCUAAGAAUUCGCGAUUUAGUAUAUAUGUGUAAUAUACAGGACGAUUCUUAAUAACAUAGUCCAGACGAGAAUGUUUCAGAUGAUAAGCGCAGAAACAAGAAAAAAAAUGUUUCAAUAUGAAUCGUUUAAGACCUUCUUCUGUUUAUAAUAAAUUAACAAAAAUCCAUUUCAUCACUUUAAAUUUUAUUAUAAUUCGAAAAACUUUAAGCAAUCCAUGUUUAUAUACCAUUUAUUUUUAUUUUAGGCUUUAGAUUCAUAUUGAUGUAUUUACGUAUAAUUAAGAAUUAUCCUGUAUAUGUGUAUGUAUGUAUCAAUUAUUUCAUUUUCAUUUGCAUUUUAUUAGGACAUCUGUUAUAUAAAUUUAUUUCUCCAAAACAAUUGGAAAAUAAGUAAGUGAUAGUUGAAAUACCUUUUUCAUCCUUCGUUAUCAGAAUUAUGAAAAAAAAUCUAAAUUUGAAUUGGAUUUCGAUUGCGAUUUGCUUUUUGUGAAAAACACAUUUUUUUUAACAACUUUGGCAAUUUUUCACUAUCAAUUCAUGCGCAUUUCAACUUUUACCAACUUUUUACCACUUUUUACCGGUCUUUCAUUCAAUUAGUUUCGGAAGAGAGAUGAAUUUAUAGAGAAACAGAUAUCUUAAAACGAACAGGGAAACAACUUCCGAGAAGCUAUUUUCGCAUUUUGUUAAACAUUAUUAUUAAUCAAAAAUAUGAUUACCAUGUUAGCGGUGAUUUACUCCAGUAUGACAUUUGGAGUAUUUUGUACCAUAAUAUUUCGUUAUGCGAUAAUUUUCAUAAAACGGACGAUAUAAUCCUUUCUCACUCUCUUUCUCUCUCUAUCUUUGAUAUGCUAUAACGAUUAUUUGAUUUAGUGAGAAAAGAAAACGCUGUUAAAAUUUAUCUCGAAAUCGUACCAAGCGUGUGUAAAAAUAGCACAGCAUACUUAAGAGAAAUCGCUAUCUCUAUUAAUUCGCGCUGUUUUUGUUUUAGUCAAUUAAACACUGAAUUUGUUACUCGUGGAACGCGCUAUGUACAAUCGGUCUGUCCCAAAGAGUUCGUUGUUGCAAGCUUUUUGUUUUAGAUUUCAACUUGCGAUCGAGAAAGUAACGUGACUUCUCGAUAGAAAGUAAACGACAAUUGAUCUGCAUUCGAUGUAUCAAUUGUUAUCCAGCCGUGUUUCGCGUCCAGAUUCGACGAUCGUGAUCUACGAAAAAUGAUAAACGAGCUACGAGACUGGCGAAAGAAUGGAACGCGACAUUUAUACAGUCGUGUGCAAAAAAAAGACACGAGUGAUAUUAAAGACACUUUUAUUAAACGCACUGAGAUUCUUUACUUAUUAAGGACAAGAGACAUUUGUAUAUGUAUAUUUAUAGACUGCUCUAGCGAUUUUACCUUCUAAAUGUAGAAUAGAUAAAAAUGUAGAUAUUGAGAGAGAAUACGUAUCGCGCACGCGCGAGAAGUCAACAUUGCUGUGGAGGUAGCGAAUUCUUUUACGAAAGUUAUUGUAUUUUAAUGUUUAAAUAUUUCGACCAGUUGUUUUUGACAAGUACACGUGUAAAUACAGCUUACGUGCCUAAAAGUUCACUCGCUCAGCAUUCAUCGAUUUCUUUCGUGCUGUGCUUGAUUUAAAGACUGAGGUAUAUCCGUAACGCCACGAAUUUCUCCCGCACAUAAUAACGUUAAUUUACAGAAACUUGUAAUUACGUUUCGCAUACAUGGAUGCAACGUCACUCGAUGAGUCUGCCAGGUGAGUCGUAAGUAAACAUUUGUAAAUAACAUUGGUAAGUAAUUGUGAUACAGAAGACACAUUUAAAUUACUGAUUCAGUUUUAGAAGAAUUUAAUAACUUCUUUUAAAGCAUGCAUCACAUAUUUAAAAAAUGUCUCGAUAAAAAAACACAAAAAUAGAACGUAUAGACGAUUUAUUUUUAUUUAAUUCCGUUCUCCAUAUAAAAGACAUAUUGUUCAUUCAGAUCAUAUAUUUUUUUUUUUUUUUUCAAACUCGAGUAUUAUUCAUAUUAGCAAAUUGUUCGUACAGAAACGUGAAAAAAUUUUUUGCAAAUUUUUUCAACAUGAUCGUUGUACUAUUUAAUAGCAAGAAAUAAUGAAUAUGCUAUUCGUAUAAAAAUGACUUAUGUACAAUUCCAUUUUGUAUUACAUGCUUAGCAUACAAUUAUUAUCAUCGUUAUCGUUAUUAUCGUUUCUGUCGAUAUUGUAAUCAUUACAAUUAUCCUUAAUACUAUAUUAUUAUUAAAUUACUACAGUGAGUUGCAGAUUAUGUAAAAAAAAAAACAUCUGUGAAAUAACAUAAACAAAUGAAAAUAAAAUAAAUCUAAAAAAAA